AACCUGACCCAUCAUCAGUCACUCUUCAUCUUCACUCCUAAACCUCCCUAAUUCUCAGAACUUCUCCGUUUCAUUCUUCCCCGCGAAAAUCUUCACCAAAUUUCUAAAAUGACCCCCAACUUUCCCCUCACCUUUUUAUCCACGCGCCUCCCCUAGCUUCCUUCUCCCAUGGACUCUAUUUUCAUUUCUUCCUCACUUCCCUCUCCGUUCGCUUCCCACUUCUCUCCGCCGCAGCCAACCCCCACAUUUCGCCAACUCUCCCCGAAACUGCGCUCCAAAGUCCGAAUUUUUUCAUGCAAAACCCCUCAAUUCUUUCCAUUUGCCCGUAGUUUCUUCAAAUUCAGCUCUCCGGAGACAUCCAGAGCCCCGCAAUGUUGCCAUGGAAAGGAAAUAAAGAGUCUAGAAGCCUCCAGAACUUCAAAUGGAAGCGCAGAAUCAGUUGUUUCUGUUACCAAGUGUAUAGUGUAUACGAUAUUUUGUAUUGCUGUUAGUUUCUCUCCGGUUGUUUCAUUUAAGGUUCCGGCAGUUGCUGCCCCGGUAGCGACUGAAAAGAUUUUGAAUAAAAAAGAUAAAGGGAAGGAAAUUGCGGUGGUGUUGAAAUCAAAGGAUCAUGAGUACUCAGACUGUACGAGAAGAUUGUUGGAGACGGUAUCGAGUUUGUUGAGGGUUAUAGAGGAGGUUAGAAGAGGAAAUGGGGGCAUAGAAGGUGCGAAAUUGGCGUUGAAGGCGGUGAAGGUGAGAAAAGAUGAAUUGCAAGAUGAGAUUAUGGGUGGAUUGUAUAAGGAAUUGAGGGAACUCAAAAGCGAGAAGGAAGAGUUAAUGAAGCGAACAGAGGAGAUUGUGGAUGAAGUUUCGAAGGUUCAGAGAGAGGCUGAGAAGGCAAAAGGGGAGAAAAGGGCAGAGAAGUUGGAGAGAAUUGGGAGGAUGGACAGGGAGUAUGGGGACGCAUGGGAGAGAAUUGGCGAGAUAGAGGAUGCGAUUUUGAGGAGAGAGACAUUAGCAUUCAGUGUUGGGGUGAGGGAGAUUAGUUUUAUUGAGAGAGAGUGUGUGGAUUUAGUUGAGAGGUUUAUUCGUGAAAUGAGGAGAAAGAGCAUUGAAAGUCAGGAGAAGAACUCUUUUACAAAGCUUUCAAGGUCUGAAAUUCAGAAAGAAUUGGAGACUGCACAAAGAAAACACUUGGAGCAAAUGAUUUUGCCUAGUGUUGUCGAAAUUGAAGAUAUUGGACCUUUAUUUGAUCAGGAUUCAACUGAUUUUGCUGUUCGUAUUAAACAGUGUCUUGAAGACUCAAGGGAGCUGCAGAGGGAUCUGGAGGCUCGAAUAAGAAGAGAUAUGAAAAAAUUUGGCAAUGAAAAUCGUUCUGUUGUAAAAACACCUGAAGAUGAGGUUGUGAAGGGAUUUCCAGAAGUUGAGUUGAAAUGGAUGUUUGGUGAUAAAGAAAUUGUGGUUCCUAAAGCCAUUGGCCUUCAUUUGUACCAUGGUUGGAAGACAUGGCGUGAAGAGGCUAAAGCAGACCUAAAAAGGAGCUUAUUAGAAAAUGUUGAAUUUGGUAAACAGUAUGUGGCCCAAAGACAGGAACGUAUUCUUCUGGAUCGAGAUAGAGUGGUCUCAAAUACAUGGUACAAUGAAGAGAAAGACAGGUGGGAAAUGGAUCCAAUGGCUGUUCCUUAUGCUGUGUCCAAAAAGCUAGUAGACAAUGCCAGAAUCAGGCAUGACUGGGGUGCCAUGUAUAUUGCACUAAAAGGGGAUGAUAAGGAAUUAUAUGUUGACCUUAAGGAGUUUGAAAUGCUAUUUGAGAAUUUUGGCGGGUUUGAUGGACUCUACAUGAAAAUGCUUGCCUGUAAUAUUCCAACUAGCAUUCAGCUGAUGUGGAUUCCCUUAUCAGAGUUGGAUUUUGGUCAACAGUUCAUGUUGGCAGUGAGGCUGGUUCAUCAGUGCUUUAAUGGAGUUCGGAAGUCAAGAACUGUAUCAACUUGGAGACAUUGGAUUUCUGAGAAUAUUAGAAAUACAAAUGAUGACUUAAUGAUGUUGAUUGUGUUUCCUCUCCUUGAGCUUAUCAUUCCUUACCCGUUGAGGAUGCGGUUGGGGAUGGCAUGGCCAGAGUAUAUUGAUCAAUCUGUUGGCUCAACAUGGUACUUGGAAUGGCAAUCUAAAGCCGAAAUUAACUUUAACUCUAGAAAGACAGAUGAAUUUAAGUGGUUUCUUUGGUUCCUCAUUAGAAGUGCUACAUAUGGAUUUGUUGUGUUUCAUGUCUUGCGGUUCAUGAAGAGAAAAAUUCCAAUACUUCUUGGUUUUGGACCUUUGCGUAGAAAUCCAAACAUGCGGAAAUUUCGCAGAUUGGUACUACUCUGUUUUUUCUUCAUCUAA